GUUUAGCCACACCCCACCACCAUGUCUGAUGAUGAAGAGUAUUCCUCUGAGGAGGAGGAAGUCGUCGAGGAGCAGCACGAACAACCAGCAGCUAAGAGCGAGGGUGAUGAUCCCGAGUUCAUCAAGCGCCAAGACCAGAAGCGCUCAGACUUGGAUGAACAGCUGAAGGAGUACAUCAAUGAAUGGCGUAAACAGCGGUCCAAGGAAGAAGAUGAACUCAAGAGGCUCAAGGAAAAGCAGGCCAAGCGCAAGGUCUCCCGAGCUGAAGAGGAGCAGCGUAUGGCUCAGCGCAAGAAGGAAGAGGAGGAGCGUCGUGUGCGCGAAAUUGAGGAGAAGAAACAGCGCGAAAUCGACGAGAAGAGACGUCGUCUGGAAGAGGCCGAGAAGAAGCGUCAGGCGAUGCUGCAGGCCAUGAAGGACAAGGACAAGAAGGGACCGAACUUCACCAUUACCAAGAAGGACAGUUCCUUCGGUAUGUCCAAUGCUCAGAUGGAGCGUAACAAGACUAAGGAACAGCUGGAAGAAGAGAAGAAGAUUUCUCUCUCCUUCCGUAUCAAGCCCCUGGAAAUGGAUGGCUUGAGCGCCGAUGCUCUCCGUACCAAGGCCACUGAACUGUGGGAAACCAUCGUUAAGCUGGAAACCGAGAAGUACGAUUUGGAGGAAAGGCAAAAGCGCCAGGACUACGAUCUGAAAGAGUUGAAGGAAAGACAGAAGCAACAGCUGAGACACAAAGCCCUCAAAAAGGGUCUGGACCCAGAAGCUCUCACCGGAAAGUACCCGCCCAAGAUCCAAGUUGCCUCCAAAUACGAACGUCGCGUUGAUACCCGCUCCUAUGAUGACAAGAAGAAGCUGUUCGAGGGUGGCUUUGACACUCUAAACAAAGAAAGCCUCGAGAAGCAGUGGUCCGAAAGGAAGGAACAGUACGUCGGUCGUCAGAAAUCCAAACUUCCAAAAUGGUUCGGAGAGCGGCCAGGCAAGAAGGCGGGAGACCCAGAAACCCCAGAAGGCGAAGACGAAGUCAAGCCCGAGGAUGAGGAGGUUGAAGAGGUCGAAGAAGUCGUGGAGGAAGUUGUCGAGGAAGAGGAGGAAGAAGAGGAAGAGGAGGAGGAGGAAGAGGAAGAGGAGGAAGAAGAGGAAGAGGAGGAGGAAGAAGAGGAAGAAGAAUAAAUGUUCGAUCGUCAACGGUUUCCCUUUAGAGCUAUUGAUUAAGUUCGGAAGCAAUUAUUUUUCUACUACCAUUUCCAUACUAUUCCUCCAAUCAGCGCAGCGAAUAAUACAAAUCAAAAUCAUGACGAUGAUGAUGAUGACAUCAAUAUCGAAGAGCUAACGCAACAGAAUGAAAAGCAGUACCAGCAGCAACAGCAUCUACUAUUAUGAUUGGAAUCAUCUCAAUUAACAUCUUUCAUGAACUUUAUUAUUUUAAAUUUUAUUUUAUUAUUUAAAAUCUCAUUAAAAAAACAAAUAAAAUUAUUUAUUAUAAACUAUA